UAUCUUUUUAUUAUCAAUAUAAUAUUUAUAUAUUAGUACAGUAAUUCCACAAAACUCUUUGUGCACGAGGGUGAAGCACAAGAGAUAAGUCUGUGUUGGCACCAGGAAUACAUCGCUGGUUUCGACCAAGUGACGGGCUAAGUGCACUGAGAUAACUAUAGGACCCAGAAAUAGUGAAACGUCAAUAUGGCCUCAAUUACCGUUCCCAAACUCAAAUUCAACGAAUACUUGGAUCAGAGAAUACAGGAGAGAUCAGGGGGAAAACAGGAGUAUAAAGCUAUAAAGAAGGUAUGGGAGGGAAUUAGGCUGAGAUGGACACAGGCAGGUUACAUUAGUGGAGUUGCCCCGUCAAGGGAGCAGCACAGCGCUAUGGAGAGAGAAUUAGAGGAAGCAGUAAAACACAGUAAAGAGAGUGAGGCAGAAAGAAAUAAGAGCCAUUUUUUCAAGAAUGAAGGAACAGAGAAGAGGGAGAGACCUGAGGCUGAGCUGAGAAUAGGCACAUGGGCGAUAGAGGAGACAAAAAGGGCAUGCCCACACAGAAAACCUGAUAUGAUGGCCGUGCUUGCUGGGGCCUCAGCUGACGUCAGCGAAGGCACAAUCAACAACCACAACACACCACAGCCCACCGUUACCACCCCAUCGGCCCCGCUCUCUCUAUACCCGCCACUGCCACAGGAAGAGAAGGCUGCAGCGCCACCCCCCUAUUCUCAAAACCCAUUCAUACCAUCAACCCAGGAGAACAACCUGCAGCCUAUCUGGAUAGAGCAAAGACAACAUGGAGAACCGUUCAUGAAGACCCAUAUGAUCACACUGCUACCACACUCAGCAUGUGGAAAGAAAUGGUGGUGAAUGGAUGUCCUACUAAAGUGAAAGCACAGUUGAGGGGCACAGUGGGCCUCAUCUCCCUCCCUCUGACCCAGUUCAACACACACCCCUGCGCACUUAACACCAAUGCCAAUGGCACCAGAGGGGGGACUACAGGUUGCAUUCCAGCCACAAUGGAUUCCAGGACUGCCUAGUGGGGGAGUCUGCUACAACUGUAGGACGCCCGGUCACUACUCCAGGGACUGCCCAUAUCCACUGUCUCAACCUCAGCGCCCACCCAGGGGAGGAAGGCCCUUCUACGGUCCACCUAGAGGGAGGGGUGUCUACAGGCCAUCGCCUCAGCCACAACCACAGCCGAGAAUUCAGAGUGAACAACCUGCAUACAACCACCCAGUGCCAUUUGCCUCCUACCCACCACAGCAGGCGCCGUUCCAGGGUAUGUCAGGAGAAUACCCACCUUGGCAAUGAAGCUGCCCACCAUCACCACGAGAGAAGGAACUGACCUCUCUACGGAUGCCUCUCUCACCUCCCCUGACUAUUCCAAGAGUUUCCAUCUGGAUGUUUCUGAAAAGGAGGGGUUCACGGUCUCUGUCCUUUUUCAGAAACAAGAGGGGGAGCGUAGGGUGCUGCUGUACCACUCCUCCAAGUUAGAUAACACGGACAAGAACAUGGCCGACGCUCUCAACGCGGAAGAAGGGCUACCUCACUCCUGCACCGAAACAGCUGCUCAAGAAUUGAAACUAAGACCCGACCUGGGAAACACACCACUGACCAAACCUGACCUAUGGCCAUACACAGAUGGCUGCUGCUACAAGGGAGAGAAUGGUAAUGUGGCGGACUAUGCAGUGGUGCAGCAGGCCCAGACGGCUCACACGUUACUCUUGAAUCAGCCAUCAUCCCUCAACCAGCACCUGCCCAAUUAGCUGAAAUCAUCGGAUUGACGCAGGCCCUCAUCAGAGGAAAAGGAAAGACUGUGAAUAUCUAUACAGACUCAGCCUAUGCCCAUGGAGCAGUCCACACUGAUGGACCCAGAACUAAUACGGGAAGCUCAUGGGCCCACCCACGAAGGCAAACUAAGGACUUUACAGAAGGUGUCUCACAUCUGGUGGCACCCUCACAUGAAAGAUAUGACAGACUUAUUCUGUGACGAGUGCAGCAUUUGUGGUAGCUACAAUCCUAAGAAACCAUACCAAAGUCCAAUGGGCUCAUACUUAGUACCUAAUGCAUGUUUUCAGGAUAUUAGCAUAGACCACACCGACAUGGGCCCCGACAAUGUAUUCUAAAGAUAAACGCUAUCUCCUAGUUAUGAUAGAUAGGUUCUUCAGAUGGGUAGAAGCAAUACCAACAGCGAAGGGGGGAUGCUAGGUCAGUCGUUAAGUGGCUAACAAACCAAACUAAUACCCAGGUAUGGCAUCCAAAGAAAAAUCUAAUUUGACAAAUGGCUCACAUUUCAAUAACAAACACCUGGGACAGGUGGAAAGAAAGAUUUGGCAUAACACAGAUUUGGUUCUGUGUACCACCCCCCGAUCCCAAGGUCUCGUGGAAACGCGCAGGUCAAACGCUUAAAAUCCAAAAUAGCUAAGGUAUGUGCCGGGUCAAAGUUGAAAUGGGUCAAAGCCCUGCCCCUGGCGUUGAUGGCCAUGAGAGCCUCACCAGGGUCAGGCACCCAUCUCUCUCCUCAUGAGAUAAUGACUGGUAGAGUCAUGCCUGGCCCACCAAGGGAGGGAGGUCAUAUGCCCGCCCUUGAUGUGCAACAAAUUCCUAUGUCUAACUAUGUAAGAGAACUAACAGAACUUUCUGCAGCUCUCUCUGUUCAGGUUCGCAAGGUCCAGGAGAGAGAACUGCCGGAAGCUCCAACACCACUGAAGGUAAAAGUUUGGAGACUGGGUAAGGGUAAAGGUCCACAAAAGAAAGUGGCUGGAACCCAGGUGGACUGGUCCGUACGAAGUGAAGGAGGUUACUUCACACUCAGUCCAGGUCAAAGGUAAAUUGGGCGCACCUUGGCACCACCUCACACAUUGUACACCAGCUCCAACUCCUUCCCGCACACUGACGGAAGUCAGAACUGACCUAAGUGGUCUACAUUCGGUCCCAAAUUCUACAUCUAUUUAGCCAAGGAAAAUGGGAGGUGCACCCCCAUACUCUCUGACUAAAUCACACCUUUUCCCCUGGGAACGUUUGGGGAUCUCGGGACCCCUGUUUGUUAUUUUUCUUCUAAUAGGAGGAGUCACUGUAGGCACACUCACAUGGCUUAUAGACCAACAGAUGCACCCACUACAGACUCACACACUGAACUCUACUCUGCCAGGUGAAACUAACUCUCUCUCUCUUCCCUCUUAUCUACCACAAGACCAUACCGUUUCUAGGCGUGAGGUGGGGGUCACUAAGUGCACCCCCCAGGAGUUGAAGAGCACCACCUUGUGUUUGCCUUUCAAUGCCACCACCACCGUUUACCUGCCUUGGGGCCAUUUGGGUCAUGCGCGAAAUAGUCUGGGGCUACCUGCCUGGACCUAUUCCAGUUUUAACUGGUAUAUAACCAAAGGGGGAUAUGGUGUGGGUGAUUUGGUGACCCGGAUACAGGCUGUGGACCCACAGUUUCUGCCUACCAGAACCAAGCGGGAAGCAGCCCCGACUGGUGGGGAUCCCACAUAUAUUGAUGCCAUAGGUGUUCCUAGGGGGGUCCCGGAUGAGUACAAGCUGGUGGACCAGGUCGCCGCAGGUUUUGAAUCAUCUCUCUGCUGGUGGUGCACUGUGAAUAAAAAUGUUGACCGCAUUAACUAUAUACAUUUCAAUGUCCAAAAAUUAGGUAACUGGACGCAACAAGGUUUUGAGGCCGUACAUGGUCAACUGGCUGCCACCUCCCUUAUGGCUUUUCAAAAUCGCAUUGCCGUUGACAUGUUGCUGGCUGAGAAGGGUGGGAUAUGUUUUAUGUUUGGGGAGCAAUGUUGCACAUUUAUCCCCAAUAACACAGCCUCUGAUGGCAGCCUCACUGUGGCGUUAGAAGGCCUGCGUACCCUUAAUGGUAAAAUGAAAUCCCACUCUGGGGUUGAUACCAGCAUGUGGGACUCCUGGAUGGAUGCAUUUGGUAAAUAUAAGGUCUUGGUCUCUUCUAUUCCGGUCUCUGUCUCUGUGUUUGUCGCUAUAUUAACCCUCUGUGGCUGUUGUUGCAUCCCAUGUGCCCGCUCCCUGCUUUCUCGUGUUAUUACUUCUGCUAUUCCACCAAAUAAUGACCCUGCACUGAUGUUCCCCCUCCUACAACAGGAGGAUCCUCUGGUGGAGUUUGAAACAUGCACAUAUGAGUAGUUGUCACGUCCCUUUCGAGACGUGAAGAGGGGGACUAUAAAUUUUACUUGCUUUUAAUUCAUGUCACGUCUCUUAGGAGACGUGAAAAGGGGGAUUUGUAAUGAAGUGCUAUUUCCUAUGCAAAUGACCAGCUUACUGCUAUUGCAUUGCUAUAACUGAGACAACACAUAGCAACGUAUUUUCACAGUAAAACAUGGUAGGGCUCAGACAGGAACGCACACACAUACACACACGCAGCCCCUCCCCUUCUGGAUGGGCUCCAAAGACAAAGAACUCUGUCGAGAACCAAUGGGAUACUGACACCAGGCUGGAGGAGACUGUCUAUCAUCUACAAGCAACCUACCAGAAGCCAGGACUACCAGAAUCUACCUACGUCAUUUCAAUGUAUAAAAUGAACUGUCCGACAUGUGUCCGGUCUCUUUUUCCGAUAGUUCCAUAAGAACUGGACGAAUGGUGCCGUGCACGUUUUGCCAGAUAUCAUUACUCUUGAAUAAACGGCCUUUACUAUACAUUAUCCGCCUUGUUCAGAGUCGCAACUUGGUCUCGUUUCUCAUAUACCUAUUCAUCAACAAAGGUAAUAUCUAACUUUCAUACUCCAGAACAAUUGAUUCUGAUUUCCGAACGAGACAUACUGAGACAAAUACCCUCUAUGCUCCUUGUGCUGAAUACAUCCACUUCCUAACCGGAGUGGAUAAAUAGCAUCAGUGGUGUUACAAAGGGGCUUGAUCUCGAACAGUUCUCUUCACUAAUCAGUAAAUCAUAGUACAACUUCUAGUAGGAGAAACAGAUACAUAUCUGACUUUCAUACUCUAGAACAUUAUACUUCUCGACUACCAGAUUGUGUCUUUGGCAUCACUGAACAUACGAACAGCAUCUUUAUUCUAUUAUACUGUCUAUCACUGAGUCACCUCCACAACCUUGUACACCAAGGAGUAGAACCGACUCGUAGUCAUAAGACAGUAAUAUAAAAGAGCAUCAAAAGAUCUCCUUAAGCAGUUCAUAUCCAUAGCAUAACUGGUUAAACAUAGUCAGAGUAUAACCUCUAGUAGGAGAAGCAGAUACUGAGUGAUUGGAUAAGCCUCUAGAGCAAUUGUGAGUGGAAGAACAUACUCUUUGGGGACCAACCAGGUCAUUCUACACUAAGGUAAUUCACUGCUUGUUGUAAUACAUAUAUAAGGUAAUUCACUGCUUGUUGUAAUACAUAUAUAAGGUCAUUAACUGCUUGUUGUAAUACAUAUAUAAGGCAUUAAUAGUAGUAAGUGUUUUGAUGAUGUUUGACGUUAUAGAUUAAGGACAAAACAGAAACUAAUAACGUGUACAACUGUGUGAACUGCAAACAUUGAAUAAAAAGUAGAAACUAGACCCAAAACCCUAGGGGAGAGAACGCCUCUGACACUCCUGUUCUAGGGGAACAAGUCUAGUUUCUACACAAAAGACAAUUUAAAGGAUUGGACAGCCAACUCAUUUAUAUUGUAAAAAGCAAAGUUACUCUGUAUUAAUAUUCAAGCAGUAUUAACCGACGGGUGUAGGCAUUAAAUCGUAAAUCAUGUGUCUAGAUACAAGAUUAAUUGGGAACCCUAUAGAGCAAUGGCGAGUUGAAGAGCCUACUUUUUGGGAACCCUAUAGAGCAAUGGCGAG